AUGGCCGAACAUGGGACCGAUGAGCCAUCCUCCAGGACAGGGAGUCCCAACGGAGAAGGUCGGGCCUCUGGGGACAGACUGUUACUGCAUCAGAGGCUGGCUGUCAGAGAGCUCAUCGACACUGAGGUCUCCUACCUGCAUCUGCUCCACCUCUGUGCCUCAGACAUCAGGAGCCGCCUGCGGCAGCUGCUGCCCCAGGGAGAUCUGGAGGUCCUGUUCUCAAACAUCGAUGAUGUCAUUGAGGUGAACAGCAGAUUUCUUCAUGAUCUCCAAGAGACAGCAUCCAGGGAAGAGGAUCAAGUGCACUUAAUUAGUAACUUAUUCCUGGAAUUCCAAGAAGAGCUGGAACGAGUCUAUAAGGUCUACUGUGCCAGCUACGACCAGGCCUUGCUGCUGGUGGAGACCUACCGGAAGGAGCCAGAGCUGCAGCGAGAGAUCCAGGGCGUCCUUGAGGCAGUGGUGCCACAAGCUGGGCGCUCAGGCCUCAGUUUCUUACUGGUAAGCCCUCUGCAGAGGAUUACCAAGUACCCACUGCUGCUGCAGAAAAUCCUGGAGAACACAGUCCCUGAUGCCAGUGCCUACCCUGUGCUUCAGAGGGCUGCCUCUGCCCUCCAAGAUGUGAACACCAACAUCAAUGAGUACAAGAGGCGCAAGGAAGUGGCCUCCAAGUACACCAAAGUGGGGCAGCUGACGCUCCGGGAGAGGCUGGCCCGGAUCAAUGCUCACACCCUCUCCAAGAAGACCACCAGGUUGAGCCAGCUGCUGAAGCAGGAGGCAGGGCUCGUGCCCAAGACAGAAGACAAGGAAUUCGAUGACUUAGAAGAGGAGUUCCACUGGGUGACGCUGUGUGUGACCGAGCUGAAGAACAACGUGGCUGUUUACAUGGAUCAUCUGGAGGCUUUCCUCCGCCUCAGGCCCCAGGAAUACGACCUGGACGUCCCCGGGGGGCCCGUGGUGCAGUACUGCAGCCUGAUGGGAGACCUCCAGCUCCAGGCCUUCCCCGACUUUAAGCAGCGCCUGGAAGGCCUGGUGUGGCAGCCGUUGUGCAGCCUGGCCAGAGCGCUGGCUGGCCCGCAGAACCUGAUCAAGAAGCGUCUGGACAAACUCCUGGACUUUGAGAGGGUGGAAGAGAAGCUGUUGGAGGUGGGCAGCGUGACGUACGAGGAGCAGGAGGCCCGGCACACGUACCAGGCUCUCAACUCCCUGCUCGUGGCCGAACUCCCGCAGCUCAAGCAGCUGGCCGUGCGGUGGCUGGGCCAGAUCCUGUGCACAUUCGUGGACCUCCAGAGGGACCUUGCGAAGCAAGUGCUGCAGAGGGCAGAGGGCAGCUUGGCCCAGCUGCCUCACCACCACCUCUCCGAGCCGGCCUUCAAGAAGCUGGUGGAGGACGUGCUGGGCCAGACUGGUCACCAGCUUCGCUCCUUUCAAGAGAACUUCAAGAAAGUGCUGCCGCCCCCCGCCAUACAGCCGCUCCUUCCGGGCGCUGAACGCCAGGUGCAGGCACUGCUGAGCAAGUACGGCCCGGAGAAGCUGUACCAGGUGACGGGCAACAUCAGUGGGGAUGGGCCCCUGGAGCUGACGCUGCUGCGGGGCCAGAUUGUGGCUCUCCUCCAAAGCAAGGACACCAAAGGCAACAGCAGCCGCUGGCUGGUGGACACGGGGGGGCAUCGAGGGUACGUGCCAGCUGGGAAACUGGAGCCGUACCGUGUCAUCCCCGGUCAGGAGGAGGUCAAAGAGCAGGCGCAGCCUCACAAGGACUCCUGUCAUCUGAUACCAGAGCCCACCCCAGCCGCCGCAGUCCCCUCUGUCCCAACAGUGCCCCAGGUAGUGGCAGUGUACCCCUUCAUGGCCAGAAGCAGCCACGAAGUGAGUCUGCAGGCAGGCCAGCUGGUGACCAUCCUGGAGGCCAAGGACAAGAAGGGGAACCCAGAAUGGAGCCUCGUGGAAGUGAAUGGGCAGAAAGGCUAUGUGCCUUCCAGCUUCCUGGCCAGGACCCCGAGCCCCGCUCCGUGGGGCUGGAGUCUGCCCUCUUAGGGUGCCCUCCGUGGAGCCCGUGUUGCCAGAGGGCUGAGGAGGCUUAGAUGCUGUGACCCUGGUAGAGAAGGGAAGCCAAGAGAAGGCGGGGCAGGGAGAGGAAUUCAGGCCAAGGUUGGGUGAAGGGCGGCCCGAGGAGGUGGGUGGGCCUUGAAGAGUACCUGGCCUGACCGGGGUGAGCUUGGAAGGCUCCAGACAGAACCAUGCAUUAUGUCUGCAAAGAAGGUGGUUCCCAUCUAAAGUCAGAGCAGCCCAGAUGGCAGGUCCGACUGAUAAGGACUUGCUGCAGCCUAUGGCCAAUCUUACCUGUGCUUUCACCCAGCGCCGCCCACGUGAAGGGCACCCUUGUGCGAUGGGGUUACAGGGACACAUGGGAGAAGUCUAGGCCUACCUGCCCUGGCAGUUCACUUCCUUCAUGUGGCAUUAGGAGACGCCACCGCCCACCAGUCAUCUUUUAUUUCUCCACGCUGGGAGCCGAGCUAUCCCUGGCAGCGAUGGGAAGCCCCCCUAGAGCAGGGAAGCCAGCCCACAUGCGUGGGGCGUGUGGAAAGGUUCUCUGGAGAUUGUUGGCUGGGCCUGGGAGUGGGCGCUGCCACGUCUCAGUUCUGGAAUGUGUUUAGGCAAAUUUAGAGGCUGUUCCCAGGGAGGGGGGGGAUUUUGAAGAUGUGUUGGGUGUGGUGCAUGUAGCACGCAGCUUCUGCUUACUCUGGAUUUGGGAACAAAGGAUAUACAAAUUCCAGAGGCAACUAUGUGCUGAGAUCAAAUGCCUGGUGGGUGGGGGAAUUUAGGCAUUGGCUUAGUUUCCUGUUUCUGGAAGUUGGGAGCCAGGGGAAUCACCCCCUCUCCUCUCCCCCCUCCCCCAUGGUUUCAGGGCCUGGAGGCAGCAGUGAAU